GUCUUUGCGCUCCGGCUCGGGUUUACUUUCCGCGGUGGAUCCGAUGUCUUAGUUAAUGUUUUCGGUCAUUUUUUAAUGUGCAUCCUCUAACAUAUUGCACAGACUGAUACUUAUGCUGACUUUUUCUGUCGACUGCCAGGUUCUCACUGAUCGUGGAUCGGUCUGAUGCUUCACAGCCGGAGCGUAUAAAACUUCUGAGCCUCAGGAUGGAAGUACCUGUCUUCAUUUUGCUCCUCUAUCUGACCCGUACUGAGAUCAGAGCGCUGCUGGCCAGCAGGGCAGAAGAAGAAGCUAGAUGCCCCCUCGGUCAGUUCCCCUGUGGCAACAUGAGCGAGUGCCUCCCACAGGCUUUGCAGUGUAACGGACACAAAGACUGUCCCAAUGGAGCUGACGAGCGCCGCUGUGGAGACAACAUCGGAUGGGCGGACUUAUUUGGUCAAACACUCGAAGGUGCCAAUCAAGUGAAGCAGUAUUUCCUGAAUGAGUGUCUCUUGCAGGAGUAUCCAGAGAGUUGUGACUGCAUACAGACAGAUGUCGAGUGUGUGGAGGUCAACGUGCAGAAUGUUCCUCGACUCUCUCCGAAUGUGACUUGGCUGUCACUAAGGAGCAAUGAGAUCCGGGAGUUGUCUGAUUUUGUUUUCUCAGAAUACUCCUCUCUGGAGAGAUUGUUUCUGCAAAACAACAGCCUCCAGUUCAUAUCCAAACAUGCCUUCAGCGGCCUGCACAGUCUAAAGAGGUUGUUUCUCAGUGAGAACUUGAUAUCCUCCCUCAGUCCUGGUGUGUUCAGGGAUCUCGGUCAGUUGGAGUGGCUGAUGUUGGAUCAUAACCCACUGAGCAUCUUGUCCCAGGAUAUCUUCAUAGGGCUCGAGUCCGUCAUGUACCUAUCCAUGGUGGGCACCUCGCUUCAGCAGCUUCCACACCCGAGCUUCUGUCAACACAUGCCUGCCUUGGACUGGCUGGAUCUGGAGGGAAACCAGAUUCAAACUCUCAACCACUCUGUCUUGAAAACCUGCGGCAAACUGGAAGUUUUAUUACUGAUGGACAACAGGAUCCGAAGGGUUCCUGAAAACACUUUCCAGUCUCUGUGGAAACUGGCUGAACUGAAUCUGUCCAGCAACAGGAUCAAGGAGCUUCCAAAAAACACCUUUAAGAACCUCUCCAAGUCCCUCCUUAAACUAAAUAUUUCCUACAAUCCCCUUCUCCACAUUCACUCCAGCCACUUCAACCACCUGACACAUCUCCAGUCUCUGGCUCUGGAGGGUAUAGAGAUCCCAUACAUUCAGACUAAGAUGUUUUUGCCCAUGAAGAACCUCUCCCACAUCUACUUUAAGAAGUUCCAGUACUGCUCCUACGCACCUCAUGUGAGGUCCUGCAAGCCCAACACAGAUGGCAUCUCUUCCUUUGAGGACUUGCUGGCUAACAUAGUGCUGCGGGUGUCUGUGUGGGUCAUGGCCUUCAUUACCUGUUUUGGUAACCUCUUUGUCAUCGGUAUGAGGUCACUGAUACGAGCGGAGAACAACCUGCAUGCCGCCUGCAUCAAAGUCCUCUGCUGUGCAGACUGCCUCAUGGGCGUGUACUUGUUUUUUGUUGGCGUGUUUGAUGUGAAAUUCCGCGGGCAGUACAACCGUAAUGCCUUGCUCUGGAUGGAGAGCGUGGAGUGUCGGACCAUUGGAUUCUUGGCCAUGCUCUCCUCCGAGGUGAGUGUCCUCCUCCUGACCUACCUGACUCUGGAGAAGUUUCUGGUCAUUGUAUUCCCCUUCAGCAAUCUGCGCCCAGGCAAACUUCAGACUGUGGUUGUCCUGUCCUCCAUCUGGCUGCUGGGGUUCAUUAUUGCUGUUGUGCCCCUCAUGAAUGAGGACCUGUUUGGAAACUACUAUGGACGCAAUGGGGUCUGUUUUCCCCUGCACUCUGACAGGCAAGAAAAACCCACUGCCAAAGGAUAUUCCACAGGGAUUUUUCUGGGUCUAAACCUAGUGGCAUUCCUGGUGAUCGUCCUCUCCUACGCCACCAUGUUCUACUCCAUCUAUAAAACUGGCAUCAACGCCAUGGACUUGCGGAGCAGACUGCACAGAGACGUGGCUGUGGCCAACAGAUUUUUCUUCAUAGUGUUCUCUGAUGCCCUCUGCUGGAUUCCCAUAUUUUUAGUGAAGGUCCUCUCAUUAUUGGAGUGGGACAUACCUGGCACCAUCUCCAGCUGGGUAGUCAUCUUCAUCCUUCCCAUCAACAGCGCCUUAAACCCCAUCCUGUACACUCUGACCACCAGCUUCUUCAGAGAGCAGGUGGAUGUCUUACUCUGUCGUUGGCAGAGAAGACACACGCUGAAAAAAGACCGCAAAAGCCUCACCUCCUCCAUAAUCUUCAUGGAGACGACACGGCCCCCUGGCUACCAGCCACCAGACUACCUCCAGCAGGUGUCACUGACCGGCGUAGAUCCCCGCUAUGCCUGAGGGUGGCAGGAACUUUCUUGGCACUUUGUGAUGUACUGGUCGAGGGCCGGUUGCUGGUGAUAUCUUCAAACUCCCAAACAAUAGUAGCACUAUUUUAAUGAGACUGCCAGUGGAACAAGAUUACUGAGCUGUGUCAUCAGGUCCUGAUGUGCUCCACAUUUGUAAAAAUGACAACAAGACGCUUUUGUCCAAAGCAGUUUACACUUUAUCCCCCUAUGUUUACACAGAGAGCACUUUGGCUCUCAGCGUGUUGCUCAAACUUACUUGACAUGUGAACACGGGGAGGGAGGGAUCAAACAGCAACCUCAUGACUUGUGGAUGACCCUCUGCUCUGUAAUACUCAUGAUACAAUUGCCUCUAUGCUUGCAUGUGUAUAUGUAGCCAUAUAUUGUUCCAGAUAAAGGUACAGUAAAGUAAAGAUAAGAAAAACAAAGAAGAUGGAUGGAAGGAUAAAUACCAGCAUGCACUGUACAUCUUACUGCUGCCAUGAGGACAAUUUAAAUGGAUUUAAAAUGUCCUAAGUCAAGCAAGAAAAGUGCUUAUUGUACUUGUAGAGAAAACAUAAAGUCCCACAUAGGUCAGUUUUUUAUUUUAGUGAUCCCUUGGUCAGAUUAUGGAGGUCAAGCAGGAGAGGAUGCUGGGAGACAUGCAGCAAAAUAUCUCUCCUAUCACAGAGAUUCACAGAGACUCAGAGACUCACUGAACAGCGCGUUCAGUGAGUCACAGAUGUGACUCAUUAGCUCAUCAGACGCUGAGCUGAGAAGGUUCAAGGAUAUAUAAUUUCAGUCUCCACAAUAACAAGGAAUGAGUCUUGGCAUGCAUAAACUCGAAAUCAGUUUAUGGAGUUAUAAUGUAGGCAGAGGCCUAAUACAAAUGCUCUUUUUUUUCAUUUAACCCCUUGAGACCUGGACUGAUAUCAGUUUUCUUGUGUUGAGUUUGGAUGGCUUUCACAACCUAUUUGACCCUUUCCUACCUGAGCAAAUUGGUAUGAUUUCUUUCAAAAACAAAAAAGGUUAAUGACUGACUGGAAAAAAAAUG